AUGGCGGAAGAUGGCAUGUCCAUGAUCCCUUACCAUGGGUCCUCGAAUCUCGACGUUGUGCUUCGACACAAUGAUUCGGUCGUCGUCCUCGACCGUGACUCCCAGCAACUCGCCCUUCGGAAUGCGGCUAGUAGCGACAAUGGCAUUGAGCUGACCGAUUGUCCAUACUGUCAUCGUCCUAUCCGAGGUGGAAGUCAAGAUCGAGAUACCCACCAUGCGAGUGCUAGCACGCAGCCUGAGUUCGUUAAUCCAGAGUACUUCCGCCUGCUUCACAACAGCCUGCCCAGCUCCGCGGACUCGUCCGGUCCGCCAUCUCCUCGUCGUCGCCUUGUUCAACCGGCUCUUGCCGGACCAACAAGCGACCCAGAGUAUACACACGGACGAACCAACUCCACUCAGGGGAUAUCAUCUGCGGCUUUCAGUCCAAACUAUUUCAAGAAGUUCUUCGUGGAGGAGGCUGAGCUGGGUAGAGGAGGCAAGGGAGUGGUUCUGCUGGUGAAGCAUGUGCUGGACGGGGUGCCGCUAGGCCACUAUGCUUGCAAGCGUGUGCCAGUUGGCGAUGAUCACGAGUGGUUGGAGAAAGUACUAAUUGAGGUGCAACUGUUGCAACAUCUAUCCCACCAGAACCUGGUGUCUUACCGACAUGUGUGGCUAGAAAACGCAAAAAUCAGUACCUUCGGCCCGAGCGUUCCAUGUGCCUUUAUUCUACAACAAUACUGCAAUGCUGGGGAUUUGCACAACUACAUCUGUGGAUCUAUGCAGACCUCAACUACCACCCAGCAGCUAAAAGAACGGUUGAGGAGGAAGUCGAAAGGCGAACCAGAACCGACCAUCAACCUUGCAGGGCCCCGCCGGCUGAACUUUGAAGAGAUAUAUUCUUUUUUCCGUGAUAUCACAUCCGGGCUGCGUCACCUGCAUGUGAAUGGUUAUAUUCAUCGGGAUCUCAAGCCUAGCAACUGUCUACUUCAUGAAACCGGCGAUGGACUACGAGUGCUGGUCAGCGAUUUCGGUGAGGUUCAGUUCCAAGACGCCAUGCGCAAAUCAACAGGCGCUACCGGUACGGUGUCGUAUUGUGCGCCUGAGGUCCUGAAGCGUGACUAUCCGGGCGGACCCUUUGGCAACUUCACUUUCAAGUCGGAUAUCUUUUCACUCGGUAUGAUUUUGUAUUUUCUUUGUUUUGCAGAACUGCCUUAUCGCAACGCCGACAUCAUAAAUGAAGAGAAAGAGGAUCUAGAUCAGCUCCGUGAAGAGAUCAGCCAGUGGGGUGGCUUUGAUGAUGCACGAAGAAUGCGCCCAGAUCUUCCCGAGAAGCUCUACACAUUUCUCAAGAGAUUAUUGUCCGUCGACCCCAACCGACGGCCAUCUGCGGAUGAAGUCUUGAACGGGAUUCAAGCUGGGGUCAAUGGAGGAGAACAUUUCCGUUUCAAAAGGGCAAGUUCAGCAGGGCCAGAUCUACACCCGAGCUCUCGAAUCCGGCCUGUCGACAGCCCGAUGCCAGCGUCUCCAGCCCCAUCCGUUCCGCGAACAUCUCUUUCCCCGGUAAAAAACAUGUCGCGGAAUUUAGCCGUGCGACGGGGAUCAGUGUUCGACUCGGAAGAUAUCCGGCCAAGCCAGAACACUGUGUCGGAUACUGAUUCUGAGUCAAGUUCUGUCACAAGCCCAGAGAGAGACUUGAUAAUCCGUCCAAGGUUCUCCCCUCCACCGCCUCUAUCUUCUAAUCAAGCCCAAGCUCCCGAGCCAGACCAUGAGUCUAAGCGCGAGUGUGACGAAGAUGUUCAUGUUCACACGCCUCAACUACUCCCACCUCCUCCAUCUCGACGCUCUUUCCUGCAUAUUCAAUUCCCUUGUAUGUCGAUCACAACAGCCGGAUGGCAGCUUUCAUCGCCAUUCAUCCAACUCGUCCUGUUCCUUUUCAAGGUUGUGUCUGUCUUUCAGCCAUGCUCACCUCUGGCCGUCAAUCCAUGGGUGUUUUACCCGUUAUUGAUGCUGGCGGCGGUGAAUCUCUGGACGGGAAGCGUCAAAUUCCAGAUCAUCUCAAUGGUUGUACAUCUUGCCACCAUCGCUGUAAGUGCUCGGCUUGGCGCCUUAUGUAUCUGGUACUCUACAACUGCUACGGUAUUUGGUCUCUGA